AUGAUCAAGCUCAUUCUUCUAACAUCCCUACUGUCGGUCACACACGGCUGGAUUGCACAGAAAAGCUCCAUUCGAAAGACUCAGUCAUUCUUGCGAAAUCAUCUAUCAGAUGACAACUUCAAUCCCUGCUGGCAGGAUCUCUAUGACGAUGAUUGCUCCAUGGAUGCCGUCUACCAAUCCAGCUUUGUAGCCAGUGAAUGGCUCAAGAGUAUGCCAUGCGCUGCAGGCAUUGAUGACUGUGACAUUCCAGACGAACUGAAACUGCCAGGAAAUAAGCAUGGAGAGGAUAACAUGGCCUCCAUUGAUAUUCUCAAGGCCUUGAAUAUCAAGAGAGCCGCCCCAAUCUCGAAGCAGGACAAUAAGCUUGAGCCGUAA